UUCUCCUCGUAUCAGCCAGUUUGACGGAAGUUGCAGUGUUGUUGCUAACUUUUUAGCCGCUGUUCUGUCAUGUUACCAACGGCCAAUUUACCCUAAAAACUACAGUUGCAAACACACAUUUACAAAAGUAUCCACCUUUGUAGAGGCAUAAGAAGAUAAAGCUGUGGGCGGAGAUCCGGAAAGUGAGAUGAAAUGACAACGUCAACAUUACAGAAAGCGAUUGAUCUUGUCACCAAAGCCACAGAGGAAGACAAGGCCAAGAAUUAUGAAGAGGCUUUGCGAUUGUACCAGCAUGCUGUGGAAUACUUCCUGCAUGCCAUCAAAUAUGAGGCCCACAGCGACAAGGCGAAGGAGAGCAUACGAGCCAAGUGUAUGCAGUACUUGGACAGAGCAGAGAAACUGAAGGACUACCUGAAGAAUAAAGACAAACAGGGCAAGAAGCCCGUCAAGGAGGCACAGAGCAAUGACAAGAGCGACAGCGACAGUGAGGGUGAAAACCCAGAGAAGAAGAAGCUGCAGGAGCAACUUAUGGGUGCCAUCGUGAUGGAGAAGCCCAAUGUUCGGUGGAAUGAUGUUGCUGGACUGGAGGGAGCCAAGGAAGCUUUGAAGGAAGCCGUUAUCCUGCCCAUUAAAUUCCCGCACCUCUUCACAGGCAAGCGGACUCCUUGGAGGGGCAUCCUGCUGUUUGGUCCUCCAGGAACGGGGAAGUCCUACCUGGCCAAGGCUGUGGCCACCGAGGCCAACAACUCUACGUUCUUCUCUGUGUCCUCCUCAGAUCUCAUGUCCAAGUGGCUGGGAGAGAGUGAGAAACUGGUGAAAAACCUGUUUGACCUCGCUCGCCAGCACAAGCCCUCCAUCAUCUUCAUCGACGAGGUGGACUCGCUGUGCGGCUCCAGGAACGAGAACGAGAGCGAGGCGGCCCGCCGCAUCAAGACAGAGUUUCUGGUCCAGAUGCAAGGUGUGGGCAACAACAACGAUGGCGUUUUGGUGCUUGGAGCUACCAACAUCCCCUGGGUGCUUGAUGCUGCCAUUCGCAGAAGAUUUGAGAAGAGGAUUUACAUCCCUCUUCCUGAGGAGCCGGCCCGGUCCCAGAUGUUUCGACUUCAUCUUGGCAACACGCCGCACAGCCUGAGCGACGCCGACCUGCGGGAGCUCGCGCGCAAAACGGACGGCUACUCGGGCGCUGACAUCAGCAUCAUUGUUCGGGACGCUCUCAUGCAGCCAGUCAGGAAGGUCCAGUCGGCUACCCACUUUAAGAAGGUUCGUGGUCCGUCCCGAAGCAACACCCAGGUGAUGGUGGACGACCUCUUGACCCCGUGUUCCCCCGGAGACCCUGCAGCCAUAGAGAUGACCUGGAUGGAUGUGCCUAGUGAUAAGCUACUCGAGCCCAUAGUUUGCAUGUCGGACAUGUUGCGCUCUCUGUCCACGACGCGUCCUACAGUCAACACCGAAGACCUGCUGAAGGUGAAGAAGUUCACAGAGGACUUUGGCAUGGAGGGUUGAGGGAGAUCCACCCCGAGGCUCAGACCUGCUCCCAGUAACAACACUCUUCCUCCUCCUGUUCCUCACCGCAGUGUAAGCUUUCAUCUCUCAGCUGGGCUCUUGGUUUUAUUGUCUCUCAUGGAUGUAAAACAACAAAUGACCAGUGUGACAUCUUCCUAGUCCGACAUCUGUUAAACCAGGCCAGGGUUUUAGAAUAUCUGAAGGACGUUUACCAGAUGACCCAUUAGAAAAAACCUUAGCGUGAAUUUUUUUUUUUUUUUGUAGCUGGACAGUAGGUCUCAUGUCUGAGGGUGAAACCUCACAAAAUCUUCACUACAUGAACUCGGCUGCAUUUAAGGCGAGGAAACGCUCCAAGUCCGCCCAUCUCUGACUGAAGGACUGUACGUUUUGUUGCUGUCGUGCACUUUGCUUUGGAUCCACAUGAAGGACCCUGAUGACUGAAGGUGAAGCAGACGUUCUAGUUUCCACCGGACAUCCAAGCGUGUGAAUGCAUCUCAGUGUUUUUUAUUAUUAUGAAACGUGUGCGUCUUAAUGUUUAUGUUUAAGUGUCAGGAGCCUGUUCUCUUAUUUAAUGUCGAGUUAAAUGAAGUGUGUUUGGAUCAGGCCUGUAAGUUAGUAGCAGCCUGACUGAAGUGUUUUCCAACCCAGAGAUGUGCCUGACUGAGAGAAACGAAACGAGAGAGCUCCAAGUUUUAAUUAUUCCCAAUUCUAGGAUGGAAAGUUGGAAUAUCUUCUGGUUUCCUUCUGUCAUGUUGCAACAACAAAAAAACACUAAAUUAAAAAAUGUUCAUUAGUAUUAGCCAUUGAUGGAAUAAUCCAUAAUAAAAGUGAACUUUUUUUUUUGCAGAUUGAACAGUUUUUUUAAAUCUUCAGUUUUUUGCCAUCAAGCAUCGGUUUUGCUAAAUUUUUACCCUCAUUCUUAAACUUUAUAUUGGAUCAGAAAAGGACAAAUCAAUAAUUAAUGUUAGGUUUUGGCUGCAAAAUUAAAUUUUAAGUUUAUUUGAAUUAGUGAUGCACCGAUCAGACCUUUCUGGUCGAUAUCGAUUUCCAGUUUUCUUGGAGGUCUGACCUUCUGAUGCCAAUUUUUUUCUAAGGACUAAAACAUUACAGAAUAACAACCUGCUGCUGGUGCAAUAAUAGAGGUAGUAGUUUUGAAUUAGUGCUUCACGUUGUCCUGAAAAUAUGGAAUUGUAUAACUGUUGCUAAACUGCGAUAAUAUCGAUUACCUAGAUUUCCACGUUUUUCUUACUUUACCUUUAAACCACUGUCCUCGUCAGUCUGUGUUUGUUUUAUCGUCUCAGUUACUAAAGAUAAACAACAGAUGGGGGUGUUACGGGUCAGAUAGAUUACUGAUUUAAACAGAAUGAAACACAGAGACUUAAAAAAUAUACCAAAAAUCGCAUCCAACAUUCUGACACACUACUGUGAUAACGAAUUAUUAUCCAUCUUCAUCUGGUUUUUAUUUAUAUCAUAAAUGUGCAUCAAACACCAGGCUGGUUAGAGACUGAAAGUAGAGGGUGUUCUUACUUUUUAAGCAUUAAGAGGGAGGGGGAAAGAAAAUCCGAUUUUUCUGGAUUUGACCUGACGAUCAACCACCGCAGAUCAAAAGGAAAAUCGGUAGCUUCUGGACUCUUUCAGGUUGAUCGGUGCAUCUUGAGAUUAAAUCUAAAAAUAACCUCAUUUUCAUUGACUGACUUAUAAGCAGUUAAAGAAAAGGGAAAAUUUGAAAUAAUUUGAAGUUGUCAUUAGAUUUAGUUACUGUUUAGGGCUUCAGUGAGUCACAACAAAAUGAUUAAAGGGUUUUACGUGUUUCAGACAAAGCCCUUGAAAUGGGGGUAAAAAUGCUUUAUUUGCACCAUCUCAUUACACCACCUCUACCACAACAAGAACUUUCUUCAAGUUCCCUUCCUCAUUUUAACCUGGUUAACGCCUAUGAAGGAGACACGGUCUGGCACAUCUCUUGGAGCACAACGUUGUUACAGAACCUUAUUUAUGAUGCUUAAAUCACAUCCCAGGUGUAACCCGUAGCGAUCCAGAGUAUGUUUACAUUUGAAGUAUUACCCUCCGUGCCGAUGGAGCACCAGUGAAAAGCCUCAUCAGUUUUGGGGGUGAAAUCCACGCACUAACUUUCCCUUCAGAUGCUGACGCUGUCGAGUCUUGUUUUCAGCCAUCUGAUUGUACAGAGAGCCGCUGGACGUCUGCACCGACUCUCUGACAUCAGGACUGCAGGCUUUGUGCGGCCGAUUCAGCGAUGAGAUUUGUGAAUUAAUGACUCAGUGCUACAGUAGUACAGCUCUGUUUUCCAGGUACCUUCUGGUUCAGUGGGAGCUUAGUUUAUAAGUCCCUGUGUGGGGAUCUAACCUGCUGCUGGCUGUGUAACCAUUACUACUAACUUAACCAGAGUUAAUAAAAACUAACGUUUCAAAUGAAAAA